CUGCAGAUCAUACCUGUGAAGUGAAUGGCUGUGGAAAAUGACUCCUCUGUGACUGACUUUAUCCUUAUGGGAUUAACAGACCAACCUGAACUCCAACUACCUCUGUUUUUUCUGUUUUUGGUGAACUAUGUGGUCACUGUGGUGGGCAAUUUGAGCUUAAUUAAUUUAAUUUGCCUGAAUUCACACCUUCACACCCCCAUGUACUUUUUCCUCUUCAAUCUGUCCCUGAUUGAUCUCUGUUAUUCAUUUGUCUCUACCCCAAAAAUGCUGAUGAGCUUUAUUUCGGACAAGAACAUCAUCUCCUUAAUGGGAUGCAUGACUCAGUUAUUUUUCUUCUGCUUUUUUGUCAACUCUGAGUGCUAUGUGUUGACAGCCAUGGCCUAUGAUCGCUAUGUGGCCAUCUGUAAACCUCUGCUAUACACCAUUACCAUGUCCCCUCAAGUCUGUUCUCUGCUGAUGUCUGGUUCAUAUGUGAUGGGUUUUGCUGGUGCCAUGGUCCACACAGGGUGCAUGAUCAGGCUGAUCUUUUGUGACUCCAGUGCCAUUGACCAUUACAUGUGUGACAUUUUUCCCCUCCUCCAGCUCUCCUGCAGCAGUACCUAUGCCAGUGAGCUGGUUAUCUCUGUUAUUGUGGGCUCAGUUGUCAUUGCAUCUAGCCUCAUUAUCUUUAUUUCUUAUUUUUUGAUUCUUUUCAAUAUCCUUCACAUCUCAUCAGCUCAGGGUUGGCCCAAAGCCUUCAGCACCUGUGGCUCCCACAUAGUAACUGUUGGCCUGUUCUAUGGAUUUGGGUUGCUCACUCAUGUCAAGCCAUCAUCUUCUGGGUCUGUGAGCCAAGGGAAAUUUUUUUCAGUGUUUUACACCAAUGUGGUACCCAUGCUCAACCCUUUCAUUUAUAGCCUCAGGAAUAAAGAUAUCAAACUUGCUCUGAAGAAAACCCUGAAGAGAAUUACAAACUGA